AUGGCGGCGGCGGGAGGCUCGGCUAGCUCGCUCGCUCGCUCCCUCGGCGCUCGGCCCUUCGGCGCCCGCGCCCGCGCCCGCUGCGGCCUCCACAGGAAGUGCCGGCGGCCGGCCUCGCUUCUCGUCAGCGGCUCCAGCGGCUGCCACCGGUGCGCCCCAGCGCCCAGUGGUGGGACAGGGAGGCCGGGAGUCUCCCCGCAAGACACAAUGGAAAAGUACCAGAUUUUGGACUGGCUGAAACCUGGGGCCUUGGGGGUGAACCUUCUGGUGGAGGAGACAAAAACCAAAGUAAAGCACGUGAUAAAGCAGGUGGAGUGCAUUGAUGAGCAUCAGGCCAACGAGGCCCUGGAGGAGUUGAUGCCACUGCUGAAGCUUCAGCACGCCCACGUCUCCAUCUACCAGGAGCUCUUCACCGUGUGGAACAGUGAGAUCUCCUCUUUUUUCCUUUGCCUGGUGAUGGAGUUCCACGAGGGAAGCUUCCAGAAUGUCAUUGAGAAGAAGAGGGCGGCAAAGAGAGUCAUUGACUCCCAGUGGAUGCAGAACGUGCUGGGCCAGGUGUUGAAUGCGCUGGAGUACCUGCACCAGGUGGACAUUAUCCACAGGAACCUCAAGCCCUCCAACAUCGCCCUGGUCAGCAGCGACCACUGCAAACUGCAGGACCUGAGCUCCAACGCACUCAUGACCGACGUAGCCAAGUGGAACGUCCGUGCAGAGGAAGACCCCUUUCACAAGUCCUGGACGGCCCCCGAAGCCCUCAACUUCUCCUUCAGCCAGAAAUCUGACAUCUGGUCCCUGGGCUGCAUCAUUCUCGACAUGGCCGGCUGCUCCUUCCUGGAUAGCGCGGAAGCCAUGCUUCUGCGGAAGUCCAUCCGGAGUUCCCCCGACGGCCUGAGGGGUGUCCUGAGGACCAUGGAGGAGAGGAGGGUCCCCGGUGCGAAACUCUUCAAUUCCCUCUUGCCUCUGAUGCUCCAGGCCGACCCGUCGGAGCGAAUAACCGUCAGGGACGUGAUUCACUUCACGUUUGUGAGCAGCGACUCCAGGUCCCCCAGCAGUGCCCUGAUGCCGCGCCGGCAGGCGGUGCCCGAGUUCAUCGUUGACGUGCUGCUGGAAAGCAACGUCGCCGGCAUCUUAGGCGAUGGUGGGGCCCCGAGGGGGCGGCACCCCACUGUCUUUAGCUGGGGGGGGCAGUGACCCCCACCGCGUCCCCCGGACCGCUCCUCACACACGGCCGGGGGGCUUGCCCCUCAUCCAGCCCAAGCACAGCUUUGCUCAGGGUACAGCCCCACUCAGAUACCCCCGAGCUCGCCGAGAGCAGAGUUCAUCUCUGUGGCCAGGGCCC